UUGACAUUUUAUUUUGGCUUUCUUCCUGAACAGGAUAAAGAUACCAUACCCUCUUCAGUGGGGUGCUCCUACAUUUGAUGCCGGCCAUGCUUUCGGAAUGAUGGCUGCUGUUCUAGUCUCAUUGGUUGAGUCUACUGGAGCAUACAAAGCUGCAUCACGUCUAGCAAGUGCCACACCACCACCAGCUCAUGUUCUCAGCCGUGGUAUUGGCUGGCAGGGAAUAGGAAUCCUGCUUAAUGGACUCUUUGGGACAUUGACUGGCUCAUCAGUCUCCAUAGAAAAUGUAGGCCUUCUUGGAAGCACUCGUGUUGGGAGCCGCAGGGUUAUUCAAAUCUCAGCUGGGUUUAUGAUAUUCUUCUCAAUGCUAGGAAAAUUUGGAGCGUUGUUUGCAUCAAUACCCUUUACCAUGUUUGCUGCUGUUUACUGUGUUUUGUUUGGUCUUGUUGCUUCGGUGGGGCUAUCGUUUUUGCAAUUCACAAACAUGAACUCGAUGAGGAACCUUUUCAUCACAGGUGUUGCUCUCUUCUUAGGGCUGUCUAUUCCUGAAUACUUCAGGGAAUACACUGCGAAGGCUCUUCAUGGUCCUUCUCACACACAAGCUGGAUGGUGGAAUGAUUUCCUCAACACCAUCUUCUUCUCAUCACCAACAGUGGCCUUAAUCGUUUCGGUGUUCUUGGACAACACACUCGAUUACAAGGAUGGAGCUAGAGACAGAGGAAUGCCAUGGUGGGACAAGUUCAGAACAUUUAAAGGAGACAGCAGAAAUGAAGAGUUUUACACUCUCCCAUUCAACCUCAACAGAUUCUUCCCUCCAUCUUAAAGUGGUGUGUGUGUGUAGUAAGUAGUACAGUAGUACAAUGCCAUUAUCAAUAGAGAGAAAGAUGUUUAGAGGAAAAGCAUCAUUUCCUUUCCUGCUACAGGAAACGAUUUCCCUCUCUUUCAUUUCAUAUAUAUUGACUCGGAUUAUCCGGGUUUAAUCCAAUAAAUUAAUUUAGGGGGCUACCCAAAUUUUUUUUGC